AAUGGCUUCUGCGGAAGAGGGCAUUGAAGGGAAAUGCAGAAAUGCUGGAUGUGUGUGGAAACAUGGAGCCUGUGGGGCUAGAUUUGUCCUGGUAGCUUCUCUGUUCUUGCCUUUCUCUUCUUCCCCAGUGUCUAAUUGGUUCUAUUCAGUGUGCAUGCAUGCUGCAGGGCAGGCAGUGUGGCCUGGACUGGAGGUCAGUGUGCAUGCAUGCUGCAGGGAAGGCAGUGUGGUCUGGACUGGAGGUCAGUGUGCAUGCAUGCUGUGGGGCAGGCAGUGUGGCCUGGACUGGAGGUCAGUGUGCAUGCGUGCUGCAGGGCAGGCAGUGUGGUCUGGGCAGGAGGUCAGUGUGCAUGCAUGCUGCAGGGCAGGCAGUGUGGCCUGGACUGGAGGUCAGUGUGCAUGCAUGCUGCAAGGCAGGCAGUGUGGCCUGGACUGGAGGUCAGUGUGCAUGCAUGCUGCAGGGCAGGCAGUGUGGCCUGGACUGGAGGUCAGUGUGCAUGCAUGCUGCAGGGCAGGCAGUGUGGUCUGGGCAGGAGGUCAGUGUGCAUGCAUGCUGCAAGGCAGGCAGUGUGGUCUGGGCAGGAGGUCAGUGUGCAUGCGUGCUGCAAGGCAGGCAGUGUGGUCUGGACUGGAGGUCAGUGUGCAUGCAUGCUGCAGGGCAGGCUGUGUGGCCUGGGCAGGAGGUCAGUGUGCAUGCAUGCUGCAGGGCAGGCUGUGUGGCCUGGAAUGGAGGUCAGUGUGCAUGCGUGCUCCUAGGCAGGCAGUGUGGCCUGGACUGGAGGUCAAUGUGCAUGCAUGCUGCAAAGCAGGCAGUGUGGCCUGGACUGGAGGUCAGUGUGCAUGCAUGCUGCAGGGCAGGCAGUGUGGUCUGGGCAGGAGGUCAGUGUGCAUGCAUGCUGCAGGGCAGGCAGUGUGGCCUGGACUGGAGGUCAGUGUGCAUGCAUGCUGCAGGGCAGGCAGUGUGGUCUGGGCAGGAGGUCAGUGUGCAUGCAUGCUGCAGGGCAGGCAGUGUGGUCUGGACUGGAGGUCAGUGUACAUGCAUGCUGCAGGGAGGCAGUGUGGUCUGGACUGGAGGUCAGUGUGCAUGCGUGCUGCAGGGCUGGCAGUGUGGUCUGGGCAGGAGGUCAGUGUGCAUGCAUGCUGCAGGGCAGGCUGUGUGGCCUGGACUGGAGGUCAGUGUGCAUGCGUGCUACAGGGUAGGCAGUGUGGUCUGGGCAGGAGGUCAGUGUGCAUGCAUGCUGCAAGGCAGGCAGUGUGGUCUGGACUGGAGGUCAGUGUGCAUGCGUGCUGCAGGGCAGGCAGUGUGGCCUGGACUGGAGGUCAGUGUGCAUGCAUGCUGCAGGGCAGGCAGUGUGGUCUGGGCAGGAGGUCAGUGUGCAUGCAUGCUGCAAGGCAGGCAGUGUGGCCUGGACUGGAGGUCAGUGUGCAUGCAUGCUGCAGGGCAGGCAGUGUGGUCUGGGCAGGAGGUCAGUGUGCAUGCAUGCUGCAGGGCAGACUGUGUCCUGGACAGGAGGUCAGGUUGUCAGCAGUAUCCAGAUGAGGUUCCAUAAUGGUGCCACAAAGUUGGAGAUGCUCUCCCUUCUUUGUAGAAUUGGGAUAGCUUUGAUUUUAUGGGUUUUGAGCUAAAAUAAUGAAGAUUUAAUUUAUUUUUUUUUAAUAUUUUUCAACAGGAUUCACUGCAGAUUUUGUUUUGUUUUUGUUGUUGUUGUUGUUGUUAUAUGUGCUUAUUUUUACAUUGUGUCAAGCUUUUGAACAGCACUCACCACUGUCCCUCAUCUGAGGAUGUAAGAGGUGGGGAAGAAGAGGGUGAGGAUUAUUAAACACAUAAACCCUACUGUAAGUCACAGAAACAUCUUGACCAGUGUAUCGCACAUUAAAUGUAAAAGGAGACUGUAGCUAGAGUUUUCCUGCUUGGCACACAGUCAGGAUAAAUCUCUCUCACCUGCCAGUCCCACAGCCGCUCAGACCCGACCAAGUAAACACAGAGACUUAUAUUGCUUACAAACUGUAUGGCCAUGGCAGGCUUCUUGCCAACUGUUCCUCUAUAGCUUAAAUUAAUCCAUUUCCAUUAAUCUAUACCUUGCCACGUGGCUCGUGGCUUACCAGCAUCUUCAUAUGCUGCUUGUCCUGAUGGCGGCUGGCAGUGACUCCUUCUGCCUUCCUGUUCUUUCUUUAUUCUCCUCCUUGUCCCGCCUAUACUUCCUCCUGCCUGACUACUGGCCAAUCAGUGUUUUAUUUACCAACCAAUCAGAGCAACACAUUUGCCAUACAGAACAUCCCACAGCAGGAGACUGUGUAAGAGGUGAUGUUAAGAGCUCAGAAGAGGGUGAGAUCAGGGUCCACUUAGGAUAGAUACUUAGGUUUUAGAGGAAGAACCUAACUUUUUGUUAAGUUUGAGAUAUGUAAGGUUUAAGUCCAAGUUUGCUACCGAGAAAAAGAGAGUGCCUAGAAACAAGGUCCAUACAGGUUCUCUGUACCGCCUCCUUUCACUCUCAUAGAAGAGGGGAGGAAAUGGGAAAAGCUGCUACAAGAAAACACUAGAGACUGAGUGGCAUGGUAUGAGCAGCAAAAGUUCUUUUUUUUUCAGAGUCCUAGAGAUGGGGAUUAAGGAGCUAACAGUUCAGGCCCUUCGUGGGGCUGUCUUCUGUCACAGAGUGGAUAGAGAGACAGGGCAGGCUCCACUGGACGACUUUAUCUGAUGCUGAUGCUCUCUGUAGCCCCUUCCAUAGAUGCCUCACAGGAGGGGCUAGGCUUCCAAAUGUGGGUUUGGGGACAGAUGAAACUCAGUCUCUAGUGCUGUAAGGAUGUUUUGGUGUCUUUCAGAUGGCUUAGGAGUUUAGCCUUCACUAGUAAUAUUUGGAGAGGACAGUCACAGCAAAUUUGAAGGCAGUAUAGUUUAUAUAGUGAAUUCUAGGGCCUUUAGUGCUACACACAAAGCGAUCCUGUCUCAAAAAACCAAAACAAACUCUUCUAAACUAAACAACAAUCUCCUCCUCAAGAGAUGCUCCUCUCCACAUGUCAGAUGAUACCUUUCAACACCACAGCCUCAGGACAGCCUCUCCCAGAUUAUCCUUAUAUGGUUUUGAUAAAGGCUCUCCCUGUUCCCCAGCUCCCCUCUUCAAGGUGCCCUUUCAUGGUCUCUCAUUGGCAAUUCACUUUUAUCAUGAGCUUUUCCUU